AGUGGGCAAGUCUACACACCCAUGCCCACUCUCAUCGGCCUGGCCCCCUAGGGCUCCCUGGAACCCCAGUUGCCUAGGGCCUGGCUCUGCUGGGGUUCCCCGGGCCCCAGGCUGGAUUCCCUUGGGGACCUUGGUCGUUCCCACAGCCGUCCCAGAGGUCCUCUCCAGGGCUCUUCACCCGGGGGCCCCCCCGGGGUCGGUCGCUAGGCUGCGGGUUGGGGCUCCCCGACAGGUCGGGUGCUGGUGGCAGUCGUGGGGAGGUGGCAGCGCAGGAUGGCGGCGGAGCCCGGGCGCUCGUGGACUCAAGCGCGCAGCGCCUAUGGUGCCAGCGAAGCGUUGCGGCGAGGCGCGGGGCGCCGACGGGACCCCGGUUCGCAGCCCAAUGGGCCAGUAGUCUCUGAGGACAUCCGGGCCCCAGGCCGCCUGGCUCGCCUGCGGGGACAACUCCGGGCCGAGGCGGCGCGGGCGGAGGCGCCGCGGCUGCUGCGGGUGGUGGAGCGCGCGGGGGCCGGCGCAGCGGGGGUCGGGGAGAGGACGGACGCGCGCAGCGGCGGCUCGGUGUGCUCCGUGUGCGGGGAGCCCCGCGGCGGGGCCACCUACCCCGCGGGAGUGCUCGAGGUGAGCGAGCGGCGGCUGCAGGAAGGCCUGGCGGCCGUGCGCGCCGAGCUGGGCGCGGGGCUCGAGGCGCUGCGCGCGGAGCUUCGGGCCGAGCUGGACGCCCUGCGCGCGCUGCUGCCGCCCCAGGCCCCGCCGGCCCCGCGCCGCGAGCCCCGGGCGGCUCCCCGCGCCGCGCCCCGCGGCCCCACCCUGCUGCGGGCUCUAGGAACCGUCAAUGCUUUAGCAUUGGCCGCAGCCACGAAACCUGCGGACGACACCCCUGAUGGCCCUGCCGACGACGGCGGCGGAGCCAAUCGAGUCCCGGCACGGAAGAGCCAUAAGAAAACCCCAGUGCCACCCGGAGCCCAGCAAGGAGGAGGAGGAGACUGAGGACGGCCACACGUGGGGCUGAUCUGGAGGAGCCGCAGGGGGAGCUGCCGCUAGCCCACAGGCUCUAGUAUCCUCAGGGGCAAAUGGACACAUCUGCCCUCUCCACGGCUGAAAGGGAGACUCCGGGGGCUGCCAGCCAGCGCUUGUGCGCUUGCAGGGUGGGGGACAAAAGCUGCCGGCCACGCGGGGUGAGAAGGGCUCUACCAGGCAGGGGCUGAUGAUCACCGGUGGAAACUGAGUGUCGGCCGGAAGAAGCCCGUAGAGCCCCCCCCCCUUUUUUUUUGGUGGGGGCAGGAUGGGGCAGCAGGCACGGCCUGGGGGUCUGCAAUCUGACUCCUAGGGGUGGGGUGUUGUGAUUACAAGUUAGAAAGUUCUAGGGAGGAAACAGCCUCUGGAUUGGAGACCUCCACACACUGUGCAAUGGAUGCCAGGGGCAAGUGGGUGGCGGAGGCAGAGUGACCCGAAGACAGUGCUACCCCAGCGCAUGGACACAUUCCCCACAGGCCGACCACGGGGCGGUAGCCUAUCUAGUUCGCCUUAUUCUGCUGACUGCCAGUGUCAUCCUCUCACUGGACAGUCUCAGCUACUCUAUGUCCUUUGGACUCAGCUUCCUGAGCAGUGACACAAGGGACACUUACCCCAGUUUCUUACAAACUAGCAUCUCUCAACAGUGUCACUCUGUCAGUCUUACUUCCCAGACUGCACAGGGCACUCGGGUCGCUUCCCCACUUGGCCAGCUGUCCAUCACCAGGACCCAGCAACCCAGUGCAGCCGGGACCACCAUGAAGACUGGAACCAAUAACCUCUUACUUCCCAUCCUGAGGUUGUCAUUUAAGUGGGCAUAUUAUCCCUAGAUUGGUCACCCAGCUUGGUUUUUAAAUAAAAUGUAUAACCUUGGAAUAAAAGUGGAUCAUUUUGUUGGUGGUGGGU